AUGGAUGAUGGGAUUGAGACAACGCUUCUUCUUCGACACGAAGAAGAGGAGGAAGGCGACCUAACACAAAGAAUAUGGGAAGAAUCGAAAAAAAUAUGGAGGGUCGCGUUGCCGGCAGUCAUAUCAAGGGUUUGUGGAUUCGGAACUAUCAUUGUCACCCAAUCAUUUGUUGGACAUAUUAGUGGCAUAGAUCUUGCUGGCUAUUCACUUGUUCAAACGCUUAGUGUUCGAUUUGUCAACGGGAUACUUUUGGGAAUGUCGAGUGCAACGGAAACCCUUUGCGGACAAGCAUUUGGGGCUGGACAACACCACAUGAUGGGCAUUUACUUGCAACGAUCAUGGCUCGUAGAUUUCAUUACUUUGACAAUCUUGAUCCCAAUCUUCAUCUGUGGUACACAAAUUUUCAAACUUUUUGGGGAGGAAGAAUCAAUAGCAAACAGUGCUGGAUACCUAUCACUAUGGUUCAUUCCUUUCGUAUAUAACUUCGUUUUUAGCUUGACAAUGCAAACGUAUCUACAAGCGCAGUCAAAGAACAUGAUUAUUGCAUGGAUUUCGGCUUUUCAAUUUGCUAUCCAUAUACCUUUGUCACUGCUUCUCAUUUAUACGCUGAACAUGGGGAUCCCAGGUGCGAUGAUUGCAAUGUCGAUGUCAUCGUGGUUAGUUGUGAUUGGAGAAUUGGUAUAUAUUUUUGGAGGAUGGUGUCCGCAUUCAUGGAAAGGAUUUACAGUUGCUGCUUUUAAGGAUUUGUUGUCUGUCGUGAAGCUCUCAAUAUCCUCAGGUGUUAUGAUCUGCCUGGAGUUAUGGUACAAUGCUUUUCUAGUCUUACUUGCUGGAUACAUGGAAGACGCAGAGGUCGCGAUAUGCGCAUUCUCCAUUUGCCUGAGCCUUAAUAUAUGGGAGUGUAUGAUAUGCAUUGGUUUAUUAGGUGCUGCAUGUGUUCGAGUGGCAAAUGAAUUAGGGAGUGGAAACGCUAAAGCUGCAAAGUUCUCAGUAAAAGUUGUAGUCUGGACUUCGAUAAUGAUAGGCGUGUUCUUCUUUGUUCUUUGUUUGGUUUUUGGGGAAAAGGUUGCAUGCUUGUUUACAGAUGAUGAUAGAGUUGCAAAUGAAGUAUCCGAUCUUUCUUUGCUUCUUUCUUUAUCAAUUUUGUUCAAUAGCAUUGGUCCAGUACUCUCAGGGGUGGCAGUUGGAGCUGGAAUGCAGGGAGUCGUAGCAAUCGUUAACCUAGUUUGCUUCUAUUUGAUUGGUAUUCCAUUGGGAGUUUUGCUUGGAUAUUUUACGACUCUUGGAGUUAAGGGUAUAUGGAUCGGUAUGAUUGGUGGUGUUCUAGUGCAGACACUUGCACUUCUAUUUAUGACUUGGAGAACAAAUUGGGACGACCAGGUGAAGAAGGCUUCAGAGCGACUCAAUCGAUUUUACUUGGAGUCGAAUGAACAUCCGGAGUAAAAUACCAGUUGCGAAUCAUUUCCAUUAGUAUUAGGCUAACUUUUAAUUAGGUUGUGUGCUUAAUAAAUCCUAAUGUUCGUUGUCUCUGUUGCUUUGUG